UUAACAUUAUUUGUUUAUCAUUACGUCUAAUUGUUGUAGGGAUAAGUCUUUUUUGAUAGUUUAACGUGACUUGGGUCCUUUAAGACUAUAGUUAAGCAACAGGUUUAGCAAGUGUAUGGGAAGUUGAGAGAGAACAUACGGAAAUCUACUUUACCUGGGCCAGGUGAGAACAGGAAAAGUUUGGCAAACUGAGGCGUCUCCAACCCUGGCAAAUAACGUUCGUUCUUGGUAAAAUGAACAAUCCAAUUCCAUCCAGCUUGAAAUCUGAGGCAAAGAAGGCUGCAAAAAUCCUCAGAGAAUUCACAGAGAUCUCAAACAGACAAGGCCCUGACAAGCUUAUUCCAGCCCAUGUGAUUGCCAAAGCCCAUGGACUGGCCAUCCUAUCGGUCAUCAAAGCAGGGUUCAUGAUCACUGCUCGCGGGGGCAGUGGGAUAGUUAUUGCCCGUCUUCCUGAUGGACGAUGGUCUGCUCCCUCAGCCAUUGGCAUAGCCGGUCUCGGUGGAGGGUUUGAAAUUGGUUUGGAGGCCUCUGAUUUUGUCAUCAUCUUGAACCAGAGGAGGGCUGUGGAAGCUUUCAGCAAAGGAGAAAACCUGACAUUUGGAGGAAACUGCACUGUGGCCGUGGGACCUCUUGGCAGGAAUCUGGAGGCAGAUGUGGCACUACGCAGCACGGCCGCUGUCUUCUCCUACUGCAAGUCUCGUGGCCUCUAUGCUGGAGUGUCUCUAGUUGGCUCCUGCCUAAUUGAACGUAAAGAUGCCAACAGAAAGUUCUAUUCCCAAGACAUUCGUGCAUCUGCAAUUCUUAAUGGAGAUGUGGAACCUCCUCCUGAAGCAUAUGACCUGUACACUAUUUUGGAUGACUAUACAGAGAAAUACACCACCGAGUGGCAGAGCAAAAACAUGCGCCCCUCCUCCAGGGUGAGUGCCACGCCAGCUAGACCAAGGCCCCCUUCACUGAGGACUCUUCCUUCUGAAGCGUUCAAUCAGCCAAAGCCCUCCUUCACUCGAAGGCCAGAGGAAAUGAAGCCAGCCCUCUAUCCCAACCUCCCCAGCUGGCCGUCAGAAAGCUCAGGGCAGCUGCAGGCCUCCCAGAGGCCCUCCCAGUUUACGCCGUUCAAUACAGGCCAAGCGUCGCGCGGCGCGCUCGUGGUCACGGCCAUUCACGCUUACAAUGGCCAGCAGCCAGGGGACCUGAGCUUCGCUGUGGGAGACCGCAUCACCGUCCUCACCAAGACGGACACACAGUAUGACUGGUGGGAAGGGGAGCUAAGAGGCCAGGUGGGCAUCUUCCCUGCCAACUUCGUGUCCUAUAACUGAAAGAACUAAUGCAGGUGUCUUUACACUGGUCUUGGGCUUUAAAGGCUCCUGUUUUCUAGGCUCUGAAGUUGAGCAUAUUUUUGAUACUGGUUUUGGUACUCAUGCAAAGGACAUAUUUACAUGUAUUACUUUUAUUCAGUGUUGAAGUGGUGGCAGUAGUGGCCUUUUUUUUUAUAUAUAUAUAUAAAUGUUUUUCUUGCUAUAAAGUACUUAUAUUUAUUGUAUACAGUUUGUGUGUCUCUUGUGAGUAACAUUUUGUGGUUGGUUUGGAUAUUUAUAGCUCAGGUAGACGAUCAUGGCCUGUUGAUCGUUACAUAUUGGUGUUUAUGAUCAUGGUUUUAUGCACUUUUUUUCCUAACUGAAGUUCACGGGUUUGAGGGGGUUCUUUUUUAUUUAUUUGAGACUUUGAUUGCAUUAUAGAUUGUGAUGAAUAUACACACAGGCAAAAAUUAAACACUGGAGGUUGAAGUGAUACCCACACGAUUAGAUAAAUGUACUUUUAAACGGAACACUGGUUUGAUAAAUACAGAAAUGGUUUAAGACCUUGCUGAUUUUGUAAGAACAUCAUUACUGUAUUCUUCAUUGAUUAUACAAUCCCACAAUUGUUGCCUUUUCUUGCCUCGUGUACCAUUAGAGUAAAGCUUCAUGACAGGAUGGGAUUCGCUGAGCUGUCAUGCUGGUUUACCAGCUGACACUGCCAGUUACAUCUAGCUUCAUGCCCUGUUUAGUCUGGCUUCCUGACUUCUGCUUGAACUUGAAUAAGUAUGACACAAAGGGAAAGAGUUUUUGGAUAGCAUCAACAGGCUAAAGCAGUUUUAUUUUAAGUAACUGUCCCUAUACUUUUAGCACUUCAAGUUGUAGCAACUUGGUAGACAUGAUAAGCAGUUUAAUGUGCCCAUAAAAGUAUAUCAUUGUGUAUUUAACUGCUUAUUUACUUAUUUGACAGAAAUCAGAUGCAUCAAAUUACACCUGCUGUGUCCUAUAAUAAAUGUAGAAAACGGUAUUUAACAGAUGUUGGCUACAGGUAAUUUGUGAUCUAGUCAAAUUAAUGUCUUACUGUUUUUAUCAUGGAUGUUGGAGAGCUUCUAAUUAAAUAAACCUGGGUGAUCUUA